UAUUUUGGUGGUUGUGAUGGUGAAGAACAUCAAAUGACGGAGUUUGAAUCUGAGGUUGCACCGGGAAGGCCCGUGGUUCCUGGAUUCGUGUUGCCAGUCGCCACCUUCCAAGAGGAAAGAGAAGAGAAGCACUUAGAUGGCGGCAGCUCUCCUCUCAGCCCCUACCCUCAAAAGCCCUUUCCUUGGCCGUCGUCUUUCAAUUAGAGGCCAUUCGAGUAGAAGUAAGCCGGACUGCUUUGGAUAUAUCUCCCCAAAAUGCGCGGUGGAUACGCCUUAUGAGGGUAGCAUUUUGAAAUUCCCUCGGGCACAUGUCUGGGAUCCUUAUAAGCGGCUAGGGGUAAGUACUGAUGCUUCUGAAGAAGAAGUUUGGAGUGCUCGGAACUUUUUACUGGACCAAUAUGCCAAUCAUGAAAGAAGUUUUGAAUCUAUAGAAGCUGCUUUCGAGAGACUACUGAUGACCAGCUUCAAGAACAGGAAGAAAAUGAAGAUUAACUUGAAAAGCAGGCUAAAGAAGAAGGUUGAGGAAUCUCCGCCAUGGGUGAAGAACUUGGUCAGCUUUGUUGAGAUUCCUCCCCCUGUGAUCAUUUUGAGACGGUUGUUCUUGUUCGGUUUCAUGGCAUGCUGGAGCGUGCUGAACUCUGCUGAAGCGGGACCCGCAUUCCAGGUGGCGUUGUCUCUUGGAGCUUGCAUUUACUUCCUUAAUGACAAGAACAAGAGCUUGCCUAGAGCUGCCAUUAUAGGAUUUGGAGCUCUUGUGGCUGGGUGGCUUUGCGGUUCUGUGACGGUUCCACUCAUUCCUUCAUUUUUGUUGCAGCCGACUUGGACUCUUGAGCUUCUUACGUCGUUGGUAGUAUAUGUAUUCUUGUUUCUAGCUUGUAGUUUCCUCAAGUGAAACCUGUACAACACUUUAGUUAUAGUUGAGGAACUCCUUUUUUUUUUGGAUUAAGCAUUUUCUGCAUAAGUUUUGAUAAAAUCAGUUUGAUUGAA